UUUUUUUUUUUUUGUCCAGUCUCUCUCUCUCUCUCUCUCCCACUUUAUUUAAAUUUCCUUUUUUUUUUCUCUCUCUCUUUCUUUUUAUUCAUACCAAUGACUACAAAUGGAACACAAACAAUAGAGAAUGUAGAGAUUUGGUCUACCAUCUUGACGGGUGUUGCUUCAUCUAAAAUGGUGCCUACCAAGAAACUCCUUGUUCUAGGUGAUCCUGGAAGUGGUAAAUCCACCUUGAUUCACUAUUUAAAAAACGAUCCUGGACCACAAGUAAUGCAACCAGAGGGAGAGAACACCAAUAACAACUUUGGUGUCAAUAGUCACUACAACAACAAUACUACACCGUUGGAUAAUCUCGAUGAUGAUGCCACCAAUACAUUGGCUUUGGGCUAUAGUUUUAUUGAUGUUCAAGAUGAAGAGAACGAGGGCAGUGCAGGUGAAUCCUCUUGGAGUAGAGGUAAAGCCGUGGUCGAUGAAUUAAGAGAAAAAAUAGAAUAUUACCUUCAGACCUAUACAGAACCUGUCGUCCAUAACUUUUCUAUGGCUGCUUCUACAUCCACAGGUUCCAUCAUCACACCCAGUACACCCAUCGUCCCUUCCUCUGCUCCCCUCGUCACAACAACUACAGCAGCAGAUCAAGUCACCUUGCCAUUGACACAGGGUAGUUUAACAAAUAAUCUGGGCAUAUCCAUCAUUGUUGUCUGUUGCAAGAGUGAUGCUCAAAAUACACUGGAACAGACAUUAGAUUACAAGGAUGAACAAUUUGAUUUUAUCCAACAAACUUUACGUUGUGUGUGCAUGAAAUUCGGUGCCGCUCUGUUCUACACUUCCACGCUUCAACCUUAUACCUUUCAUAAUUUACGUCAAUACAUUCUCCACCGACUAUUAACCACCAGCAGUAAAUCUUACCCAUUUAAAUUGAAAGCACAAGUAGUUGAACGAGACGCUGUCCUGGUCCCCUCCGGCUGGGAUUCAUGGGGAAAAUUGCGCGUCCUAAGAGACGGCUUUGAUUGUGACGCUGUACAUCAAGGCUGGGAUGCCGAUAUGGAUGCUGUCACAGAUCGACAACAACCGGGGUCGCAUGGUGCACGAGGAAACUAUGAAGAUCUCAUUCACAACCCCAACUCGGAUGACCAGCCUUUAAACAAUAUCCCACCUCCUGUCACAUGUGAGGACGAACAGGCCUUCUUGGAUAGACAUUUCGAAACUUUACAACACGUCUCUGAAAUUCCAAGCAGAAAGGGAACAGGUGCAUUAUCUACACGACCCAGUGUUGUAGGCCCAAUAGGCGAAUCCGUGCUUGAUAUUGGACGCACUGAUGACCGUCGCAAGGAUGACCUCAAGAUCUCUAUCAGUUCUUCCAGUAACACGAGUAACAUGAUGACCAAUGCCAAUGCGAUACCACCGAUUGAUACCAGCCAUGUGCAAUUAAAUCCAACCACACCUACGCAUCAUGGUCUCCCCUCUACGACUCCUCAUGCCACAAAUAAUGGUGGUGCUGUACCUACGGGUGGAGCGGGGGGACCUUCACAUGAAGUGUUGGCAAAUUUCUUUCAAUCUUUAUUAUCGAAAAAGGCAUCCAGUGGAGGAUCUUCACCUACCACAACUUCUUUAUUAAACACGAUGGGAAGAGAAGAAGUCUCUACCACCACAACACCUUCUUCUGCAGCAUCGUCAGGAACGACAAGAAGACCUACUGUGAGUCGAAAAGAUGUUCAUAAAGAAUUGGAUCGUAUGAGACAAUUUGUGAACAAGUAAUAAAAAUAUAUAUAUUUUUUUUUUUU